CGGGCGGCCGUUGCAGGGCGCGCUCUCGAGCGGCGGCGGCGGCGGCGGCCCAGUGUGUCCCGUCGGUCUCGGCACGCGGUGGAGGCUGUGGCACUGCCCGCGGUGGCGGGGGUUGGCGGCGGCGACGGAGCGCGUUUGAGCGAGGACUGGGGUCCGUGGCGCGCUCUCCGCCCACAGAAAUGAGCCGUCAGACUGCUACAGCAUUACCUACUGGUACUUCAAAGUGUACACCAUCCCAGAGGGUGCCUGCCCUGACGGGCACAACUGCAUCCAACAAUGACUUGGCGAGUCUUUUUGAGUGUCCAGUCUGCUUUGACUAUGUGUUACCACCCAUUCUUCAGUGUCAGAGUGGCCAUCUUGUUUGUAGCAACUGUCGCCCAAAGCUCACAUGUUGUCCAACUUGCCGGGGCCCUUUGGGGUCCAUUCGCAACUUGGCUAUGGAGAAAGUGGCCAAUUCAGUACUUUUCCCUUGUAAAUAUGCCUCUUCUGGAUGUGAAAUAACUCUGCCACACACAGAAAAAGCAGACCACGAAGAGCUCUGUGAGUUUAGGCCUUACUCCUGUCCGUGCCCUGGUGCUUCCUGUAAAUGGCAAGGCUCUCUGGAUGCUGUGAUGCCCCAUCUGAUGCAUCAGCAUAAGUCCAUUACAACCCUGCAGGGAGAGGACAUAGUUUUCCUUGCUACAGACAUUAAUCUUCCUGGUGCUGUUGACUGGGUGAUGAUGCAGUCCUGUUUUGGCUUUCACUUCAUGUUAGUCUUGGAGAAACAGGAAAAAUAUGACGGUCACCAGCAGUUCUUCGCCAUUGUACAGCUGAUAGGAACACGCAAGCAAGCUGAAAAUUUUGCUUACCGACUUGAGCUAAAUGGUCAUAGGCGGCGAUUGACUUGGGAAGCAACUCCUCGAUCUAUUCAUGAGGGAAUUGCAACAGCCAUUAUGAAUAGUGACUGCCUAGUCUUUGACACCAGCAUUGCACAGCUUUUUGCAGAAAAUGGCAAUUUAGGCAUCAAUGUAACUAUUUCCAUGUGUUAAAAUGGCAACCAGACAUUUUCUGGCCAGUGUUUAAAACUGUUGCAUUCAGUUUCACAGAGAAUAAGGCACCCAUCAGUCUGCCGACCUGAAACUAUUUUGGUAGGUGGAAGCUAGACACAUGAAAGUUAAUAAAAGGAAAGCUGUUAAUACAGGAAACAGUUGCAUGUAGUAACGCUAAUAUAUUUAAAAUAAGUCAACAGUAAACCACUGAAAAAAAUAUAUAUACUCCCAAGAUGGGCAUCUUUUGUAUUAAGAAAGUUGAUUCUGCAGGAAGCAUUGUAAAAUAAUUCUGAAUUUGUGUUUGUUGUAGAUUGAUUGUACUGUUGAAAAUGUUUUUUUUUUUUUUUUUAAAUUGCGUGUGCGCGCACAUGUGUGUGUGUAUGUGUGUGUUUGGUUUUCUUCCUCCCCCUUUAACUGACAAGCCAUGUGGAGUGGUCCCGGACCACUGCUUUCCGAGCCCUCUGUGAGUCACUACAUAGUGCUGCUGUGUAUUUUCUUUGUGUGCGUGUGUUUGCUAAUUUUUAUUAAUUCUAGUUUUUCAUUAAAUAAAUAAAUUUGACUUUCUUUUCUGUAAUUCAUGUUUUUCCUCACUUUUUUUGUACCUUUUUAAAGUUAGUGUCUUUUUGAUAUGCAUAAUUGUUUAUGGUGAAGUUUAUACAUGUGUGUUUGGUAUUUUCCUUUCCCCCAUUAAUCAGUUGAUUAGAAAUAUUUUAAAUUCAGGUAUUUUCCAGAAAGAAAAGAUAGCAUUGGAAGAAUUAUCAAAAGUUAUCUAAAACAGUUAUAAAAUGGUGUGUCUCUUUUUUCCCUUCCCAUGUGAGUCAUACCUUCACAUUUAUUCUUUGAAAGGUUAGAGAAUAAAUUGAUUUUUAAAAACAGAAAAAAAAAUCAGGCUUAGUUUUCUUUUUUCAGAUAUCUUGAAUAAAUCACAUGUUUAAAAUUUGUUCUUAUAUUUAUUGGUUUUGCAAAAGAAGGUAUUGUCUUCACAGUAUUUGUAAUUAAAAGCAAAUCAUUUGUUUAAAAAAGACAGUUUGCAAAAAAGGAUGUUUUUGUCUUUUAUAAUUCUCAUUAAAAAAUAUCUGGCAAAUUAAAAA